CAAACAUCGAUUUCUCCAUGUUCGCCUGCUUCUUUCUUUUACCUUGUAGACUAAACCAAACGAAAGAAAAACCUAAUUUCAAUUCUCAGCUUAGAUUAUAGUAUUUAUUUUUUUCCCGCAUCUACAGAUAUAUUUAGCUAGCUGCAAAAUUUUUAAUCAAUGGCGACGUCUAAGCCGCAGAGGACGCCGGAGGAAAUCGAAGAUAUUAUUCUUCGAAAAAUAUUUCUGGUGAGCUUAAUUGAUUCCAUGGAAAAUGAUUCGCGAGUGGUUUACUUGGAGAUGACGGCAGCUGAAAUACUCAGCGAAGGGAGAGAUUUGAGAUUGUCUCGGGAUUUAAUGGAGCGGAUUCUCAUCGAUCGUCUCUCCGGAAAUUAUGUCGCCGCCGAACCGCCGUUUCAGUACCUGAUCAAUUGCUACCGGCGAGCCUACGAGGAAGGGAGAAAGAUAACGUCAAUGAAAGAUAAGAAUGUUAGGUCCGAGAUGGAAUUAGUAGCGAAACAAGCCAAAAAGCUAGCGGCCUCGUAUUGCAGGAUUCAUUUAGGUAAUCCUGACAUGUUCCCGAAUUGGGAUACCAAUAAGUCGAGUGUUUCCCCGCUGCUUCCUUUGAUUUUUUCGGAGGUUUCUACGGCUGUGGAUGGAUUCGAUAGCAGCGGAGGAGUGUCGAGUCCGCCGGGGUUUUUGGAGGAGUUUUUAAGGGAUGGAGAUUAUGAUAGUAUGGAGCCUAUUAUGAAGCAGUUGUAUGAGGAUUUAAGAGGAAGUGUGCUCAAGGUUUCCGCUUUGGGGAAUUCUCAGCAGCCUCUCAGGGCAUUGUUGAUGUUAGUUAAUUAUCCAGUGGGGUCGAAGGCAUUGGUUAAUCAUCCUUGGUGGAUACCCAAGGGCAUGUAUUUGAAUGGGAGAGUUAUCGAGAUGACUAGCAUUCUCGGCCCUUUCUUUCAUGUUAGUGCUUUACCUGAUCAUACUAUCUUCAAGAGUCAACCUGAUGUUGGCCAGCAAUGCUUCUCAGAAUCAUCUACCCGCCGUCCAGCUGAUCUUUUAUCCUCAUUCACGACAAUCAAAACUGUUAUGAACAAUUUAUAUGAUGGGUUGGCUGAAGUUCUAAGGUGUCUCCUUAAGAAUACAAGUACUCGUGAGAAUGUCCUGGAAUACCUAGCUGAGGUGAUAAAUAAAAAUGCCUCAAGGGCUCAUAUCCAGGUUGACCCAUUGUCUUCUGCAAGUUCAGGGAUGUUUGUGAACCUCAGUGCUGUAAUGCUUCUGCUCUGUGAGCCAUUUUUGGAUGCCAGUUUGUCAAAAAGGGACAAAGUUGAUCCCAGAUAUGUAUUCAGUAGCCCCCGUCUGGAAUUAAGAGGAUUGACUGCACUUCAUGCAUCAUCUGAAGAAGUAUCUGAAUGGAUAAGCAGAAGCAAUCCUAGUAGAAGUACUGAUGGAGAAAACAGGUUGCUGCAUUCUCAGGAAGCUACUAGUUCUGGUAGUAAUGUUGGCGGACCUUCUUCACUCAACGAUGACAAACCAAUGUCACAUUGCAGCAAAAAUGCUAAAUUUUCUUUCAUUUGUGAAUGCUUCUUUAUGACGGCAAGGGUGCUCAAUUUGGGCCUGCUAAAAGCGUUUUCAGAUUUUAAGCAUCUUGUUCAGGACAUUUCAAGAUGUGAAGAUACGUUAUCCACCAUGAAAGCAAUGCAAGGCCAAGCACCUUCUCCACAACUACAGCAGGAUAUAGAUCGUCUUGAGAAAGAAAUGGAGUUGUACUCGCAGGAAAAGCUAUGCUAUGAAGCUCAAAUACUGAGGGAUGGAGGGCUUCUUCAGCGUGCGUUAUCUUUCUACCAGUUAAUGGUGGUCUGGUUGGUUGGCCUUGCAGGGGGCUUUGGAAUGCCUUUGCCAUCAACUUGUCCAAUGGAAUUUGCUGCUAUGCCUGAGCACUUUGUGGAAGAUGCCAUGGAGUUGCUUAUAUUUGCUUCUCGUAUUCCUAGAGCUUUGGAUGGGGUUGUGCUGGAUGAUUUUAUGAACUUCAUUAUCAUGUUCAUGGCAAGUCCUGAGUUCAUAAGAAACCCAUAUCUAAGAGCCAAGAUGGUAGAGGUACUCAACUGUUGGAUGCCUCGUAGAAGUGGUUCAUCUGCAACAGCUACUCUUUUCGAAGGGCAUCAACUCUCUUUGGAGUAUCUUGUCAGGAAUCUUCUCAAGCUUUAUGUUGACAUCGAAUUCACUGGUUCCCAUACUCAGUUUUAUGACAAGUUUAACAUCCGCCAUAACAUUGCUGAGCUUCUUGAAUAUCUAUGGCAAGUGCCAAGUCACCGAAAUGCAUGGCGACAGAUUGCUAAAGAGGAGGAAAAGGGCGUUUAUUUGAACUACUUGAACUUUUUAAUCAAUGAUAGUAUUUAUCUUCUUGAUGAAAGUCUCAACAAAAUUCUUGAACUGAAAGAAUUGGAAGCUGAGAUGUCUAAUACUGUGGAAUGGGAGCGAAGACCUGCUCAAGAGAGGCAGGAGAGGACUCGACAAUUUCAUUCUCAAGAGAAUAUUAUUCGAAUCGACAUGAAAUUGGCAAAUGAAGAUGUGAGCAUGCUGGCUUUUACUUCAGAACAGAUUACUGCUCCUUUCCUACUUCCUGAGAUGGUUGAGAGAGUUGCCAGCAUGCUGAAUUAUUUUCUGUUGCAAUUAGUUGGGCCCCAAAGGAAAUCUCUCACCUUGAAAGAUCCUGAAAAGUACGAAUUUCGUCCAAAGCAGUUGCUUAAGCAGAUUGUAAACAUAUAUGUCAACUUGGCAAGAGGAGACAAGCAGAAAAUUUUCCCGGCUGCUAUCACCCGAGAUGGGCGGUCCUACAAUGAGCAGUUAUUUAGUGCUGCAGCUGAUGUCCUUAGGAGAAUUGGAGAGGAUGCGAGGACCAUACAGGAAUUCAUUGACCUUGGUGCAAAAGCUAAAGCUGCAGCAGCAGAGGCCAUGGAUGCUGAAGCAGCACUUGGAGAGAUACCUGAUGAUUUCCUUGACCCAAUUCAAUAUACUUUAAUGAGGGAUCCUGUCAUCUUACCUUCUUCAAAGAUAACGGUUGACCGGCCGGUUAUCCAGAGGCAUCUUUUAAGUGAUAAUACGGACCCGUUUAACCGCUCUCAUCUUACUGCGGACAUGUUGAUUCCCGACACCGAGCUAAAGGCGAGAAUUGAAGAAUUUGUCCUGUCCAAUAAAUUGAAGAAGAGUGGGGAAGAUCUGAGUUUGCAGAACAUCAAGGCAACAAUACAAACGACUGAUACAACGUCUUUAAUUGAGUAGCAUAUUAUUCUGCACAUUCCUGAUAUUGUGAAUGAUAGUCUUGUUGUGCAUUAGCAGUCAGUGGAUAUGUUGACUCGUAACGCAGCAUGUGUUGAUAUUGGACCCUGUAAAUCAAUUAUGAGGUUAUAGCACGGGUGAUUUUUCUUUUUCC